UAUUUCGAUAGUAUCGUGAGUGGUUGACUGUAUUGCUUUUUUUGUGAAAUUUUUUUUCCUAUUUUGUUAAAAAAUGGGUUCUUCGUCGUCUGGAAAAAAACACAAGAAGGAAAAGAAGAGCCGACAUCGUUCGCGGUCGUCAGAACGCCAGCGGCGGGUCACAGAGGACGAAGAUGUGACCCUUGACUUGACAGACGACUCCUCGUCGCGUCACAGACACAAGCACAAGAAGCACAAGGAGCACAAGGAACACAAGGAGCACCGCCACAAGCACCACAAGCACAAGGAGCGCGAGCGGGCCAGCGAGGUCAUCUCUCUGGAGGAAUCGGACUCGGAUAGUUCGGACUGCGUCGAGGUUCCUGUACAGGAACAGACCAGGAACAGGGAUGCCAGGGAGACCUCCAAUCGGGACAGAGAGCGCGAGUCUGCGCGUGAUCGUGAUCUCCUAAGGGAAAGGGACCGUGAACGUGAGCGGGAACGCGAAAGGGAACGUGAAAGGGAUCGGGAAAAGGAGCGUGAACGGGAACGGGAGAAGGAGCGACUCAAGGAGCGCGAGGAACGCGAACGGGAACGGGAACGGGAAAGGGAACGCGAGAAAGAACGCCUCAAGGAGCGCGAAAAGGAGCGACUCAAGGAGCGUGAAAGGGAACGUGAACGAGAGCUCACUGCUCCUCCGCCGCCCCAAAUCUCCAGGCACGCGGAAUAUGAUUCCCGAAGAGAACGCGAAGUCGAGCGUGAGCGGGAGGCCCGCAAGCGAUCCGGCAGAGAACGCGAGCGGGAGCGAAACCGGGAACGUUCCAGAUCCCAGUCGCCUCCGCCGGCCACCCGAAAACCCGCCGCCAAGGAACGCGAACCCUCCUCACGUUCCUUUUCUCCCAUACCCGAAAACGGAGCAGGCGAUGUCCUCUCCAUUACGGAGACCAAUAAGCUGCGUGCCAAGCUGGGUCUGAAGCCACUCGAAGUGGACAGUGGUCCCAGCAAGGUGGCAUCGUCUGCCGGAAAUGGUAGUCAGGCAGAGAGCAAAAAAUCCUCCGGCGAAGCCGAUCUCUCCUCCUACAAAGACGAGUGGGGCGAAUUCCUGCACAAGCCAGCCGACAACCUGAAGGAGAAGAAGGAGGCAGAGAAGCUGCGCGAGAAGCUCAAGCAGCGCAAGGAGAAGCGUUUCUUGGAGGAGCGCUUGGCUCGCAUCAAAACGCUGGGAGAGUCCGACGAGGAAACGGACAAUGCGUCCAAGUGGGUGGACAGGAACAAGCGAGUGGUUAACGAACGCGAAGAAGCCAAGCGAAAGGCUAAAGAGCUGGAGGAGCUGGAUGAGGCAUUUGGUGUUUCGGACCUGCUUGAACAGGAGAAAACCAAAGCCCGACAGCGGGCCUAUGGAGAUAGCAACUUAAAGGGCCUGCGAGUUGAUCACGACAUGGAUGAUUUUGGUGAAGGGCGCACCGUCAUCCUAACACUUAAGGAUCAAGAUGUGCUGAAUGAAGAGGAGGGCGACACUCUAGUCAAUGUAAACAUGGUCGACGAGGAGCGUUACAAGAAGAAUGUGGCCAACAAGAAGCAGAACCCGCUAAGUUAUGGCUAUAAUGUUUACGAGGAGCAGUACGAUGAGUUGGGAAAUCCCAUCGAUCGUUCAGUUCUGGAGAAGUACGACGAUGAGAUCGAGGGCCAGCCAAAAAAACGCAAGAACUUUGUUAUUGGCGAGAAUAUGGAUGAAGAGCGCGAACACAGGCGCAAACUCUUGGAAAUUAAAACCAAAUUGGCCGGCAAACGAUUGGAAACCUUGGAGGAUACCAAUCUGCAGUUGGCAUCCGACACAUACAGUACAGAAGAGUUGGCCAAGUUCAAGAAGCCAAAGAAAAAAGUUAAGAAACUUCGCCAAAAACUUAAAGCCGAGGAUCUUCUGCCUUUGGCUGAGCCGGGAACAUCUGGAUCCUCAAACUUUGGUAUUCGUGGAGGACGUUAUCGUGAUCAUGAGGAUGAGGAGAUGGAAAUUAAAACUGAUGUCAAGGUGGAAGCAGAGGAUGAUGAUUUGGAACGGGUUCUAGCAAAGGCCCGCAAACUAAAACAAAAGGAGAAUAUAAUCAAGAAGCCGCUGCCUGUUGACUUCGAGAGCAUUCAGCGGGAGAUCAAACCCGAACCCGUGGAGGACACCAGUUCUGGUGUGGUGCUAACCGGCGUCGAUGGCAACAUCGUGUUAAAUGCCACAGCGGAGUUUUGCCGCACUUUGGGCGACAUUCCCACAUAUGGUAUGGCGGGAAAUCGUAACGAGGAUUCCAAUGACAUGAUGGACUUCGACAAGACGGAACAGACGGAGGAGCACAUGGACACGCAAGACGAUGAGCCUGCCCUGAGUCAUGGUACCUGGAAUUCAGUUAAUCCCGAUGAAGUCAUGCAGCCCGCCGACUUGGAUAACCUGGGCGAGGACCUGGAGGAUCGUGCCAUUCUAGACGAGGAACCCGAUGUCGGCGCAGGAGUUGCGAAUGCUUUGCGAUUGGCAUUGUCCAAGGGAUACCUCGAAAAGGAGGAAAAGAAUAGGCCUAGCAACACCAAGAUGGCUCAUCUGCAGGCCAAAAACUAUUCCAUCGAAGAUAAAGCUGCUGGUGAGGACGACAAGGUUGGGCGUCGUGAUCGCUUUCACUUUGGACCAAUUACGGACUUUAAGGAUAAGGAGACCUUCAAACCCAAUGUCAAACUGGACUAUAUCGAUGACAACGGUCGCAUAUUGAACCUGAAAGAGGCUUUCCGGUACUUGUCACAUAAGUUCCACGGCAAAGGCCCGGGAAAGAACAAGAUUGAAAAGCGUCUCAAGAAAAUGGAACAGGAUGGGCUAAUGAAGACCAUGAGCUCCACGGAUACACCAUUGGGAACUCUGACCAUGUUGCAGCAGAAGCAAAAGGAAACCAAGACCGCUUAUGUGGUGCUCAGUGGCAGCAAUAAAAACGCGCCAGGAGUAAGCGGCUCCUCGAUAGCCAAAUUCAAGUAGAAAAGGAAGCAGAAAGCGAUAUAGUAACCAAGAUAACAAGAUAACCAUAACCAUAACUAUAACCAAAUGCAAUAGAUACUUCCUAAUCCGCAUUAUAAAUCCCUAAGUCUAGCGCUCCCAUAUAUGCAUCCGGUCCAAAUAUGUAAUACUCUUCAUAUUUAUUCAAAUACACUUUGGAUUUAUCUUAA